GGAAGUUUUGAAACGUUGUGUUUUGAUAGCAUUUCGUUCGCAGAAAAUUCAACAAAAUGCCUGCGAAAAGGAAGAAGGCGACUCCAAAGGGAAAGAAAACAAAAAAUAGUGGAAACUCUUCUGGUGCCUCAAGUGAAUCAGAAGGCUCAAAAACUUUGGAGAUACUGAACAAAAUUUCACAGAAGUUUAUGGGUUCAUGUCGUCAAAAAAAUGGACACAAAAAACAGCCGGCAUCAGAGAUUGGAUAUGAAGCUGACGAAGAUACCUCCACCACAGGGACAUCAGACAUGAGUACCCAGUCUCCUGCCCAGGCCAGUCUGUAUGACUUUGAUGAGCCCGAUUAUGAAAUGCAGAUCUCGCCACAUCCAGUUAAAAGUACAAAAGCUAAGGCAAAGACCAGUACCACUCGUUCCAAAAAAACGCCCACAGACAAGAAGCAAAGGCCAGUAGAACCAGCUGUCAAGAAAGGAAAGAAAUCAAAUAAAUUGAUAAAAGACUCCAGUUCUAAUGUAAAACCUGUACAAAAUAAAUCCAGUGUUUUGAAAAAGACAAAUAGUCACAACCAAGAGAAUAUUUCCACAAACUUAAGAUCUGAGGUUAAAAGUCAGAAAACGAUGAGUGUGAACGUAAAUAGCUUGGUCAGUAACUCUCCCAUGUUCAGUAAAACUCCAGUUGUGACCUUACAGAGACUUGAUGUGUCCAAUGUUGAAGGAUACGAGUCAUUCCAAAGGCAACUGCGAAAGAGAAAAUGCGAAACUCCGAAGGAUCAAACAACUCCUCAACUCAAACCUAAGGUACUGAAACAAACACCCAUCCUAAAAAAUGUGACUUCGUCUAGCAAACGCCAACCGAGGAAAAGAGACAGUGGCGUGCUCAUGUCUCCUCCGUCAAUUCGCAAGAUUCCUGCACCAGCAUCUACAGACACAUCAACACCAAGUAAUGUAGUUUCUCAUGGUAAACAGAAGCAUUCUGAUCACAAUCUUUUAAAUGAAUCCUGCUUUGGUUUUGAUACAAGUGUGUCGUUUGGAGCAGACACACCUUUCCAACAGUCCCCCAUCAAAAGCAAGGCUUUACCCCCUUUAACCCCUCUAUCAGACUAUGUUUCCAUGGACUCCAUGCACAUCUCUUGUGAGGAUAUCUUCCGUCGACAAUCAGUGGAUAAUGAUGCUGAGGUGCCCGAGUUGUUCUCCGUGCAGCAGGAUGACCUAUCAUUGAAUAGGAGUACCGCUAAGUCCUACAAACUAUCUUCAAAGAGAAGGCCCAAAAAAACUGUAUCAACCAUGAGUAAAUCAGCAGUAUUAAAGAAAUCAAAAGCAGAUGAUAUUGCAGAAAAAUUCAACACAGAGUUUGAUGAAAUUGAAAAGUUUCAACUCAGCAUUGAAGAAUUGUAACAAGAUUCCAGUUGGAGCUACUUUGGCAUUGGAAAAAAACCUUGUUUACAUUUUUCAAGAGUAGCCAUCAUUUCUUGGUUUUAAAGUACAAAGUGAUGCAACGCACCGCUUUUGUUUUUUUUCUUCUGGUCAACAGUAUCCUGGGUCAGGCACCAUUUUAUGAUACUGGCGAGCAGAUCAAUGUUGUAACUUGAACAGCAAUCCGACAACACAUGUACUUUGCAUACUCAUGCUGUCAGGAAAGUAUUUAUAAUUGAUGUUAUGUACAUCAGUGUCAUAGAUUUAUUUACCCAGUAAAUGUUGAUGAAAAAUAGUAUAUGUACAUACUUUGGAGGUAAAAUAUCAGUAUACCAAGCAGAAAUAUCUGUUUGAAACAACCUGUAAAAAUACCACUCAACCAGGUGACUGGUCCCAGCUGUUUCCCUUUAUACUACAAAUGUAUGGUGAUUUGAUGCUGACGGGUCUGAUACUUCUCUUAUACUUGAACAGAUUUAGUUCCUUCAGUGUGUCUUCACUAAACUUUCGUAUCUCUGAAUAUCUUAAAAUUGGUCAAUUUAACCUUGUCUUAUAAGAAAAUGCAUUUGAAAAAUUGUGACCCCUAGGUAACAAUUUAAAAUUGGUACAAUUUCUAUCUAAAAUCCACAAAUUAAGAUUAACAGAUGCAGGAAUAUGGAUAAUUUACUUUUUAGGUAGUCAUAAAAAGAAAGUCUCCUUAAAAAAAUGUGUGUUGAUAUCGUACUGCUGAAUUUGCUUGCCUUUUAUUACUGUGAACCUAGGGUUUAUUUUAAAGAUUUUAAAUUUCAUGGCAACUUCCAAUUUAUUGAGUUAUAGCUACAGUAAGUUUUCUAUUAAAACUGAUUCAAACCUGUGAGUGAAGUAAAAGAGAAAUUAUGAAUCAAUUAUCUGUACAUUUACAACGUAACAAAAUUGAUAACAAAGGUUUGUGAGGGUUUAAAAAAAACAUUUUGUCUUUGACGUUUCUGUUAUACACAUGUUGCAAGUUUUAGUGACAUUAAUCUUGAAAUGUGAAUUUUUCAGUUUGUAACUAGAUUUAGUAAAUUUAUCAUUUAUUCGUCACAUGGUAUUUUUUUUAUGUAUUGUGAGAUAUUAAAAUAUACUUGAAGAGAUAUUUCUGUAACAGCCAGAUAUUUUCAUUGUAGAUUAGAUCAUCAGGGUAAUGCUCAGCCUUAACUGUCUGUUUUAAUACAGCAUGUACAAAGUGUAUACAUCUUGGAAAUAUUAAGUGACUGUUCCUGCAGCUGUAUAGAACUAGAAUUUUAUCAUUUGUGACGCUAGGUAAUGUUUCUAUAUGUUUGCAAUGUGUUGCCCUACUGCCUUUGGCAGUGCUCUGCAAUGGGGGUGGAGUCUGGAGGGUCUUCUCCCCAGGAGAAUGCUGAAUGUUUGGAAUUUGACCAAAGGUAUGGAGGCCAUGUAUGGGACUAGUUAAGGUUUAAAACUAGUCAAUAAAGUAAUGAAUGUAUUAUGUCCCACAUUUUGCAAUUUCUAAACACCGUGUUGUGGAUAGCUUGAACUCUGAAUGUUCAAGAUUCUUUCUUUUUUUUCAUUUUUCUUUUUAUAUUAUUUUUUAACCACGUGAAUGCACCAGGGUGUCCAUGGCAUAUAGGAAUCUAUGCCACUGAAUUAAAUCUAUGCCACUGAAUUAACUAUGCUCCUGUUAUAUGUAGGUAUGUUACUGUGGUUUUGACAUUGGUAAUGUUUUUCCAUAAUACCUAAUCAAGCAGGCAAAGUAUUGCAUAGAAAAUGGAACUUGUAUGUACAUAGUUUGGAUAGAAACUGAUGUGAAUUCCAAUUGUCAGUAUUCAGCUUAAAACCCUGUGAGAGAUAAAAAAACAUCCAAAAGUAACAGAGUUUUUGAGAGGAUUGUCAGAGAAUACAUAGAAACAACUGUAAAUGUCAUGGAUUAAAAAAUGAAUUUUAUAAUUGAGGUAUGAAUUCUUGAGAAUUAUGAAUUAGAAUAGAAUUUAGGCUCUUUUGCAAUAGGUACUGGAUCAUGAUUUUGUGAGAAAUUAAUAAUGAAGACCCAACAGAUUGAGGUUAUCAUUUUAAUGAGGGCUAAUCCAGUAAACCACAAUCACAGGUAUAAUGUAGGGGUUUACAUACCACCCAAUUGAUUUAAUAAUUGGCAGGAAACAAAACCAUGAAUAGAAGUGAUUUCGCCCUUUGUUCCAGUAGAUUUAUUUUACUGAAUAUAGCCCUUAGCAUGAUGCUAUGGAUUUCAUUGACAUUGAUAAUCAUGUGAACAAAACUUGUCAGUGAUUUUCUGAAAGAGUGAUUCGAAAACAUAUCUGAAGUGUAUUUGAUAUCAACCUGUGUACAAAGCCUUCUAUGUGGCUCUUUUAGCAAGUUCGUGGACAUUUGUAGAUGAGGAGAUAGUUCCAGUUAAAUCUAUUUUUUGCUGUCAUCCUUUGAUACGGGCAGGGGGCAUAGAGUGUUACCAAUGUCCAUCCUGUUAGGAAUCGUGGUCAUGCUUAUACCGACUCCAAAUACUUAAGAUUUUCAUCAGAAAUUCUACCAAAGUCAAGUGUGAGAAUAUCUCGGAUGAGUUUGUACUUCAUGGUUCCAGGGUCAGUGCCAAGGUGAUUCUACCAAAGUCAAGUGUGAGAAUAUCUCGGAUGAGUUUGUAUUUCAUGGUUCCAUGGUCAGUGCCAAGGUGAUUCUACAAAAGUCAAGUGUGAGAAUAUCUCGGAUGAGGUUGUAUUUCAUGGUUCCAGGGUCAGUGCCAAGGUGAUUCUACCAAAGUCAAGUGUGAGACUAUCUCGGAUGAGUUUGUAUUUCAUGGUUCCAUGGUCAGUGCCAAGGUGAUUCUACCAAAGUCAGGUGUGAGAAUAUCUCGGAUGAGUUUGUAUUUCAUGGUUCCAGGGUCAGUGCCAAGGUCACUCUUCCAUUUCUUUGAUAACUUUGUAGAGAUAAGAAAAUAUUGGUCACAUUAAAUGGGAAUAAAAUCAUUUUUUUUAUUGAACUUAACUCAUUUAAAGGUAAAUUUUGAAAUGUGAAAAUAAUUUCUGAAGAGACUGCAAAAAAGAUCUGUUGAUGUAUUUUAUUUUUUGUUUAUCAUGGUUUUUCUCUCUCUUUUAUAUUUGAAAAAGAUUAAACCAUGAUAUAUGAUGAUCUAAUCAAUUUGUAUUUUAAGUGUUGAUUAUCAAAUAUGUCGAAUAUGGCUGUAACUUUAAACCAUCAAAUAUAUAACGAUAAAACUUAAAAGAUACCUGCAUCAUCCACAUUAGAUGUACUGUAAUUAGGUCACCUUGACCUUUACCCAAAGGUCAAAUGUGGAAGUUAACAGCAAAAUCAUGUCCGGGCUGUAUUUGGAUAUUUGUGUAGGCAGAUAAGGGGAUACAUCAACCUGAGUAUUUUUGUGUUUUCUUUUUAUGUAGAAGUGAUCACUCGAAAUUGAUAACCUGCAUGUUGACUUGUGGGUUAAUGUACUUUGGGAUAUUUUUGAUGUAGUUAUAUUUUGGUUCAUAUGGCGGAUGGAGUGAAUGAGAUAAAAUUACUUGCCAAAAUUUCAUAAUGCUAAAAAAUAGCUUUACAAUAUCUGGAUAUCAGCGGACGGUCUUGGGAAUCAACUAUUGUGCAUCAAUUACAAACUCCUAUGGGCUAUUUUUUUGUAAGCAAAACUGAGAAUCACCCCAUUUUGAGAAAUAUCCAAAAGUGCAGUAUUUAGAAUUUUAGAUUUGUUUUCAAAGGAAAUUGUCUUUUCUAUCCAAGUCUGUAUUUAUUGUGUAAUAUAUGAAAUAAAUAUUUCUGUUAUGA